AUGCGCAUCACCAUUUCACCAAACUCACCGCUAUACCAAUCUGUAAAUUAUCUGCCGCGCGAUAAACAAGGCGAUGAAGUAUGCCGCGGUCUAGCAUUCGGUUUAUUCAAAUAUUUCAAAGAGUUACCAGAGGUGGUCAAGAGUGGUUUAAUCUUACAAGUUGCGAAUACCUCGAGAAAACAAAGACCCGGUUCGGCGCCAAAAUUAUUCGGCGAACAACAUGCGGCGGAUCUGGCGAGUUCGAUGGUGAGGGUGGAGAAUGUCGCGGAAGUUACAGCUGAUAUUGAGGCAGCCUUGCGAAUACAAAAUAUUAAUUAUGUGGAUAUGGAUUUGGUUCUUCCGCCCGGUUCGAUAUCGCCUUUACAAGAGUCGGAGGAGGAUUUGGAUGAAGAGGAAUAUCCGGAUCUUACGCUGAAGCAGUAUGGAUCGUAUGCAUCAUUGGUGAAGCUUUUUGGAGAAGUGACAUUUCUUCCAACUUCGAGAAUCCGCCGAGCUCCUUCGAGACCUACAUCAUUGAAUCGAAGUCGAUCAUUCCUCAAAGAUCAAAAGUUGGCUUUGCGACGGGAGAUGGGAGAGUUGGUGGAUACGGAGGAGCGUUACGUGAUAAAGAUGCAUGAACUGGUCAAUCAUAUUGCGGAUGAUUUUCGAGCCAAGGCCAAGAGUCGAGCAUUUGGAAGCUUCAGUCCUUCAGAAGAUGAUUUACAAAAGCUCUUUCCACGAUGUUUGGAUAGGAUCCUACAAAUUAAUUCGGCCUUCUUAUCGGCGAUUCGUAAAGUGAUGGAUGAAACCGAGGAAGAAGCUAUGCAAGACCUAGAGGCACCGGUGGUUAGCUCCACCUCUUCUCGAUAUGGUGGCUCGGGUCGUCUGAAGGACCCUACUGGUGCACUGGCCUUUGCCAAAGUCUUGCUCGAAUGGUUCCAUCAAAUGCCAAGAGCUACCAACAAUAUAUCCAUGCUAGCCAGCUAA